AUGCCAGCCAGCUUCGUUCCACGCACCGCCACCCUCGACGCAGCGAUCGAGAAGUUUCACAAUGCCUUCGUAAACAUGUUGGUGGGGAAGACGGAUGGGGCGAAGUUCGUGAACAAGUCCGAUAUGUUCGUGGUGUUGAAGGCCGCGCAUGAAGUUAACAACGAGCUCGCGAGAUGCGAUGUGGAGACGCCCACCUACGACCCCCUCCUCGCCGAAUUGAAGAACAUGAUGCCGCUGUACGAGCACCCAUCUGGCAACGUCCCCUUCCAAGAAAGGCUUGAUCUCCCUCCUACAACGGACCUUGAGCUCAUCACUGGCGGCAUGACGAAACCCAAGGACUCGACCGCUAAAACCGCCACCACGAAGCCCGUCACCGCCAAAACCACCACCGCCAAUCCUCCUGCGACGACCAAGCCUGCGACCAAGCCAGACGUCGCCACCAAACGAACGACCGCCACCGCAGCGAAAAGUACGAACGCCGCCGGAGCAAAGGUUACGAACGCCGCCGGGGGGAAGAAAGUUAACGCCGCCGGGGUGAAGUCCAUCCCCAUGAUCGAAGCUCGGAAUGUGGUGAGGAAAGCCGUCACCUACCUCUCGGUGGAUGAGGACGAGAGUAGUGGAGAGGAAAAGCAGGAAGAGGAAGAGGAGAGUGGACAGGAAGAGGAGGAGGAAGAGGAAGCGGAAGUUGUGAGUGCGAGGCCCACACGUCGAAGGGUGGUGAAGAGCGCGGCGGUCAUCACGGAUGAAAUGGAGGAGGACGAGGGGAUCACUUGGUCUCUGGCGGAUCGAAGACAGGCUGAACGAGACGCGGCGUGGUCUGGCCCCGAUCCCAAAGACCCUUGUUCCAACAACGACACCAAAGAUAUCCGGUAUUGGCAAUUCUAUUGGGGCCCAUACAGCACCCCCCUCGCGAAGCCCAGUCCGAUUUCCAGGGAGGACCUUCCCAACCGACGCCUCAACCCCAUCGACAAGGAAGGCCUUGGAAAAUACGUGUUGGCGGACGUUUACGACACCCCAUGCAUCCAAUGCGCCGGCGGGAAGAACACACCAGCCAAGCCUUGCGUCAUGGUCGGGUGCAAGCCCGUUCCCUUGGCAACGACGGAGGCGGAGGAGGAAAAGGAGAGGGCUGCCGCAUGUGCGAGCUGCAGGCAUCACAAAAGGAGAUGCGAGGGCCGCAGCCGAGGUCGUUCACGCCAGAUCGUCCUCAACCCAUUCAACAAGUUUAACCAGCCGGUCAAAGGGAAUGGGAAGGCCAAGGUGAAGACAGAGAAGGUUACCCCGGCGGCAAAGACGCGGGCCGCACGUUGUCCGGCGGUGGACGAUGUGCUCCCUGAAGCUGACGAGACGGAGGCGGUGACCUCGGCGGGCAAGACAGGUCGUUCACGGAGGCCGGCGGUGGAGGAAGACCUCCCCAAUGGCAAACUUGAAACGAGGAUGGCGGCAAUGGAGAAGACUUGCCAGGGUCUCGCCAAAAAGAUUGGCGACUUGGACACGACCAUGCGGAGGCUCCUCAAGAACAGCUCCGAAAAAUUGACACUGGACAUACACAAGCUCGAGCAGGCGCACAAGUCCACGAAGGCCUACGUUGAGCAAAAGACGUGCACCGCCAUGGAGGCACUGGAAGAGUUGGGUAACGCCGUCCAUCAGACAUUGGAGAACAUGGUGAACAUCUUGGAUGAAGUACCAGAGGAGGUGCGGGAUGCGUUGCAGGAGUUGGGUGAGAGCGCCGCCGGGGACGAUACGGAGUCUGCCUUGCAUGACAUACGGGCCACGCAAGCAAGGUGGGCAGACCUCGCCAACCUGGUUGAGAUGUUGAUACCCAAAUCGAUGGGAGGGAACGCGGUAGCAAGUGCAUCCCACACCCCCACCCCUCCCCAACAUGCCCCCCUCCUCCCAUCGGCCAUCGUGCCGCAACACACUGUGGACGCCAACCCGGCGGCGACAAUUGCGGACAUUACCCCGGCGGCGACAAUUGCGGACGCCGCACCGUCGGAGAGUCCGAUGCCAAAUGAUGAGAAGGUCGACAUCGAAAUGACAGAGGCCGAGCCAGUCGACGACAAUGAAGAGCAUGCAUCUGGGGAACCUGAAGACGAACCCACCCCCAUGCAACAGGAUGACAGCGAGAUUGGGCUGAACAAGGAGCGACUGGUAGCUACCACUUACAUCAUGUACUCCUGA